ACUUCAAAUGAAGGGAGUCCCCAUUUCACGCAUCUGUCGCUAGCAGAUUAUCUUUUCUGGAAUCAUCUCUUUCAUAAAGGGCAUCGCCCGGUAUGAUCCGCCUAUUUAAUGUUUACGACAAUUGAUGAUGAUGCUUAAUAUGAUUUGUAAUAGGAUCUUUCCUUUAUCAACGAUUUUUAAAGAUAAUAAUUAAGGAAGAAACAUCUCCUAGUUUACCUAACUCUUGGAAUAAUAAAUAGAUUUAACCUUUGCUGAUUGUCGUAAAACCGGAUAUAUAUUAUACAAACACAAACCAACUUACGACAAAAUUUUGACAAGUCACCAGUCUGCGACCAGUCGUGAUCACCGUGAGUGCCGGUGAUGGAUUUAGGAGAAGUCAGGGUGGCAGAAGAUGCCGAUUUUAACAGACUUAAAAGUUUAUGUGACGAAACAGAUGGGUGGAAGCAAGAAUACAACAAAAAUAACACAACAGUCUUGACUAAAAUCAACGAAAUGUCUGAUUUUCAGAUGGUCAAAGUUAGAACAGUCUUUAAAGACAUUAAACCAGAGGUGUUAUAUGAUGUGCUACAUGAUCCAGAAUACAGAAAAACAUGGGAUCACACUAUGUUGGAAGGAUACGAAAUCUGUGCCAUAAAUCCAAACAAUGACAUUGGUUACUAUGCAAUGAAGUGUCCGCCACCUCUGAAGAAUCGAGAUUUCGUCACUCAGCGAUCGUGGUUAGAUUUGGGAUUAGAAAAGUGUAUAGUCAACCACUCUGUCAAUCACAAGGGAAUGCCCAUCAGAAAAGGCUAUAUUCGAGGUAUAUCAUACGUCACGGGCUACCUUAUACGACAACAGGGACCAGAGAUUUGUCAAUUUACAUAUGUCUCGCAGUCAGACCCUCGAGGGAAACUUCCAGUUUGGGUGGUGAACAAAGCUACGCAAUAUUUAGCACCUAAGGUUAUAACUAGGAUUUACAAAGCAUGUCAAAAUUAUGAGACUUGGAAGUCUUCAAACAGUCCCGGCCACAAGCCUUGGCUCUAUCCUGAACAGAUGACAUUGCCACGAUUAGACUUGACUGACAUUAAGUCAGAGUGUGAAUUCACCUCCAAUGAGUCGAUAGAUGAGAGCAAUGUAAAAGAAGAGGAUAUAGACAAAGACUAUGUAGAGAACAUAUAUCUUAGUUAAGUCCAGUUGGACAUUGAAGAGUUUAAGAUGCACACAAAAUCUUAUGGACUGCACUUUUCAUUUUAUGCAGAGAUGAAAGACUGGUAAGAAAUCAGUGUGUGACGGUCUCUUAGAUACAUGUAUCUUCCAUAUGAAUUUUCUAAUAGUAAGAACAUUGCCAAAACUUGGUAUAUUUAUUGAUUAAUUUAUUGAUUAGAAGUAUAUUUUAUUAGUUAGAUUUUAGGUCAAUUUACAAUGCUGUUACAUUCUCAUCAGGUUGUAAAGUUUGUUACAAUUCCUCAUUCCUGUAUUCAGGCUAAAAUAAGAACUUGAUUAUUUAUUUACGCUGUACGUUUGUAUCAGUAUUCUAUAAAUCCUUAACUAAGUUUGUCUUUGUGCAAGAGAAAGCUGAACAAUUUCAUUCAGACCUGGUAGCUUUUGUCUGAGGAUCUUACAUCUCUGCAUAUCUUAACUAAUGCACAUAGUGUACACGUAUACAUUUAUUCCUAGUGUACAAGGGGAGACAUUUUUUUUAGUCUUUAUGUGCAUGUAAGCAAUUGUUUUAAUUUAUACUGUAGAAAUGGUGAUAUUUUCUUUAAAAAAUAAUACAAGGAUGUAGUUGUAAAUAUGUGCACCUUGGUUUAAGGCCUAGUAAGUUUAGCUUGUGGUUUUCUGACUCACAAAUCCUAUUGUGUUCAGUAAAGGCCAUGAACGAUGUAAAAUUUUACUUUAUUUUCUAACUCAAAUUACUUUUAAGGUUUUCUGUCCCUUUAAUCCAUACAAAGUUGAUGAAGUGUAUAUAAUCUAUGCUCUGCUAUAUAACUGAUGACCAGCAAUGGCAUAUAUUCCGAGUUCCUUAGAGAUUGCUUAUUUUAGUGUGUAUGAUUGAUUGCCAGCUAUGGUGUAUGUGUUCCUUGAACAUUGCUUAUUUUGUGUGUAUGUAUUUUCUCCUUCGAUGUAUAUGAUGUGCCAAAAGUUUCUAAAACUUAUAUAUGAUGUAAACUACUGUUCCUAGUAUAAACGUGUGUCAUCUGCGAUGGCAUCAGUAAUCAUGGUUUAUAUGAAAUGAACCCCGUGCAAGGAAAAUAUGUUUUGUAGCAAAGUCGUAUCUCGGACAGUAACAAAGUUCUAGAGUGUGAAAGAUGAACAGUUUGCGGGCAACACCACAAAAAUUGUAAAGAGAUGAAUUUAUUCCAUCUUUUAUAACAGUAAAUGCAUUUACUUGUAUUACUCAAAAGUGCAGAUGGCAGAUUUUUGUUGGUUUUUUUGGAUACUCUUAUAUAAUCUGUCUCAUGACAGCAAGAUUUGCAUGUGCUUAGUGUAAUUGAGUGAGGUGAGGAUUGAAAGUUUACAGGUUUUUCAUGUUAAAUUAUUUGUAUUUUGAAAACAAAAUUGUUCAUGGCUCAGAAUUUGUGCAAUGCUUUUGCUUAAUUUAUUUGUUAUUGUCUUGUAAUCAUUUCAGAUCGUUGGUUGAAUUUUCAUGGUUUUGAUGUUUUAUGAAUUGUCUAUUUUGAGUAAUGUUAUACUGAUAUUUGUUGUGAAUACAUGUAUAUUAUUCAUGGACAAGCAAUGAUUAUGAAUUCCGUGAAAAAUGAGCCAUUAAAUGUAAUGAUUUCACAGUAUAUAUUUUAGUUUCAUUUUACAUUUAUAUGAUGGAGAGGCAUUCAUAUUGUUAUAAUUUUUUUUUUGAUCUCUGUAUGAUUGUUUUCAAUAUGUAAUUAUGGAGAUUUAAGAAUUGAGGUUUGAUUUACAGAUGUAAUAAUAAUAACACAUUUUUUUCUUUUAAACUGGAUGGUGCAAUAGGAUUUCUUUCACUCUUUUGUCAGAUGUUCGUGGAUUAAUUGAUAUAAAGGAAUAAAGAACAUCAUUCACAUGAAAAUGUCCCAUUAUUUAAUAAAUAUCUCAUUCUAAGGGACCCUGUAGACAUGAGAGAACACAAGUAAUUUUAAGAUGCACCAUCAACUUUAAAGAUUUAUCGGUUGUCUCACUCUGAAUUUUACUCUACUUGUGGAUUACUAAUGUAAUGCAAUCAUAAAUUCUUCCUAUCAUUGUUGAGCUUACUUAACACUAGAGAAUUCUAUAGUUAUAUUUUAGUGUUGAUCAUAAUUCAGCAUCCUAUAAUUCGGCUAAAGAAGACAAGAUUUAAAUAUUGACCAACAUAAGUACACCUACAAUAUUUUGAAUUUAUCUGAUAAUUUCUAAUUUCAUAUGAACCUAUGUAUACUGUAUGCAGCUUUACUUUUGCUGCAGUUUAAUUAGUGCUAUUUUCAAUGUAGACCAACACCGAUUUAACAAGUUUGGGCACUUUCAAGGUGUGGAUAUCCCUUUUUGGUAGUACAGUUCAGUGAUAGGAAUAGAGUUCAUUAAGGAAAACUGCCAUGCAUUGAUACUAGUCUAUGAAUCAGGAACCUGUUUUACCAAUUGUUGAUGUGUCUAAAAGUGAAAUUUGAUACUGCUUCUAUCAGUCACAUGAUAAAUUCCGUAAAUAAGCAAUUUUAAAUAGCAUAUUUUUAUCACUUUGCUUAUCCAAAAUUAUGAAAGUGAUCGAAAUUAUAGUUUUCAAAAUCUGAAGUAUAUAAUGUUUUUCAUGAAACAGGUCCGUGGCAUUUACUUUUUGAUAUAACUCUAUACUUUUUGUAGGAGUAGACUCUAUACCACAGGGGCCUUCAUUUUAUGUUGAAUGUACAAGUAGCGUAUUGAUUUAUUGUUUAUUUACAAAUGUUAUAUUUUGUUGUAACUGAAACACUUCAUUGAUUUAAAUUCUUCAACACUGUUGUUCAACAUUCCAAAUGAUUAUUGUUUUGAUAAAAAAUGAAGAAAAGGUGAUAUAUGAAAUAAAGAUUUUAUAAUCGUAAUUCUAAUUUUGGAACUACUAAAUCAGGUCUGUUGAAUAUUUUUAAAGAACUUUCAAUUUGUAAUCUAUAUGUUCUAAGUUCAUGAUAUAUACCUCAAAUUUCUUUAGAAUGUUAUUAUAUGAUUAUAUUAGUACAUGUAUUUUUCUCUCAAACACUGGUAUUAAAUUUCCUUCCAGAAAUAAAGGUCCCAUUUCAACAAAA